CACCCCACCCACCCAUCUCCACCACCAAGUACUAACUACAUUACCUCAUUAUUAUUUCCUUAAAGCUCAUUUGAAACGUUUGCAACAACAUACACUGGAUAAUCAAGAAACACUACAAAUCCAUACAACAGCAUAAAGAUCCCAUCUUUUUACACACACAGAGAGAUUGAUGCAGACACUAAAUCCAUCUUGCAUGGCCUCAACGUACGCCACAGAGCCCACAACCAACAGUUGCCGCCGGAGGCUUCACCUCCACUGUAAACACCGGCGUCGUGGGGUCUUCUGCUUCUUCUUUACCGGAAUUUUCCACGAAAGGUACCUUAUCUUCUUGACAGUUCUCUACAUUAUGGGGCUGGUCACCUGUGCGGGGCCCUUGUUAACCAUCCUGCACCCUCCUCCACCGCCGCUUCCCGGAUCAUUCUACCGCAGCCAAGAGCUGUUUCUGAAGCUAUGGCCUGAAAUUCAGUCGGAUAAUGCUUCUACUGUUGAGUUGGACAAUCUCUGGAGAUACAGAAGAAAGCUAAAAGAGCAAAGACCCUGCCUGAAUGCUAGUGCUCAUUGGCAACCUGUCUCCCCAGGGCUCCAGCGCUAUCUGGUUGUAGAGGCUAAUGGUGGUCUUAACCAACAACGGUCAUCGAUUUGCAAUGCUGUGGCUGUGGCUGGACUGCUGAAUGCUACUCUUGUUAUCCCUCGCUUUGAUCUUCAUAAUGUUUGGAAGGAUCCAAGUGAGUUUGCUGAUAUUUAUGAUGAGGAUCAUUUUAUUUCCUCCCUGAAAGGUUUUGUUAUGGUGGUUCAUGAUCUGCCGGAUGAAUUGAUGGAGAGCUAUAAUUUCAGCAUUAGGAAUAUCCCAAGUCUUAGAGUCCAAGCUUGGGCAUCUCCUCGUUAUUACUUGGAUGAAGUUUAUCCCGUCUUGCAAGAAACAAGGGUUAUUCGCAUUUCUCCCUUUGCUAACAGAUUGUCAAUGGGCGUUCCACCACAUAUCCAAUAUUUAAGAUGCCUGGCAAACUAUAAAGCUUUGAGGUUCUCUUCAACCAUAAUGAAUCUUGCCAAAAAGAUAGUCAAUCGAAUGACUGAUAAGAGCUUGCAUUCUGGGGGAAAGUAUGUUUCAGUUCAUCUCCGAUUCGAAGAGGACAUGGUGGCUUUCUCGUGCUGUGUGUAUGAUGGUGGAGAGAAGGAAAAAGCUGAAAUGGAUGCAAUACGUGAAAAAGGGUGGGGAAAAAAAUUCAUGCGUGAAAAUCGAAUCAUUGAACCGGGUCUUAACCGUCUUAAUGGAAGGUGCCCAAUGACCCCAGUGGAGGUUGGUAUGAUGUUAAGAGGUAUGGGAUUUUCCAACAGUACACCCAUUUAUUUGGCUUCUGGUAAAAUCUACAAGGAGGAGAGGUAUUUAGAACCUCUUCGGCAGAUGUUCCCUCUCCUACAGACAAAAGAGUCACUUGCUACUGCUGAUGAACUUGCUUUAAUCCAGGAGUUUUCUUCAAGGUUAGCUGCUUUGGACUACAUGGUAUGCUUGUCUAGUGAAGUAUUUGUGACCACUCAAGGAGGAAAUUUCCCCCAUUUUCUGAUGGGUCACAGAAGAUUCCUGUACAAUGGACAUGCUAAAACUAUCAUGCCUGACAAAACCAAGCUUGCAGUCUUGUUGCAGAAUACAAGCAUAAGUUGGGAUGCUUUCAAAGACGAGAUGGAGUCGAUGCUAGCUGAAAGUGACCGCAAGAGUAUAAUGGUGCCUAGAGUUAAGAAGUCAACAAGAAAGGGUUCUGUAUAUUUGAACCCUUUGCCAGAAUGCAGGUGCCUGUGGGAGUCACAGCACUCCUCUCCAUCAGAUGUUUUCUAAAACAUCAAGAAAUGCCCAUGCUAUAUUUGCUUCCCAAAUUGCACAAUAUUGUCUGUUGUCAGCACAAACAUCGUUCACUUCCAUGAAGCCAAGAACUGAUUGGAAAGGGUGAACAACGUUUUGUUAUUUACAGAAGAAAGAUUCUCUUUUUAUUUGCAGCAGAGACAGA